GUUUUAGCUCACUGCUUCAUUCACAGGAGAUAAUUAGGAUGAUUUGGUGCUUUUCUUUCUGUUUUGUGAUUGGUUGUUUCACCUUGCGACCGAUGCAUAAGUCCCCUCUCCUGUCCUCUUACUUUCAGUCAAUUUAUGCGGCUCCACGGUGACAUUACUCGGUUUCAUUGACUGACUGGGAAGAGUUUAAAGCAAUAGAGAUUUCCCUUUGUUCUUAAAAAUGAUCAUCAUAUUUCUGCUUUCAUGUGUCACUAUAAUUGUAACUGCAGUGCCGGUUAGUCCAAAUGUACAUCCCCUGCAUCAGCCACAAAAAGGAGUCAGUCACAGAGGUCAGCCUGUCGAGGCCACAAUCAAAUCUGAGGCUCAGACGGCCCCUCUUCCCCUCAGUUUGGAGCAACCGCAGCCUGGAAAUCCCCUGCAACCAGAUCAACAGACCAACCCCCAGCAGUCGUUACAGCAGCACGCGUUGGUUCCACAAGGGGGCAGUACAAUGAUGUUCCCCAUUCCACAGGGUGUCGGUGGAUUUCUUCCCCCUAACCAGCUGACCCUUGCACAGCAGCCUCUGAUUUUUCCAUCUUAUGGAUUCUUGCCUGUAUUCCCCUCACCCUAUAGCAAUCAGCUGUUCUCCCCUUAUGGAUUCCCAAAGGUUUCUGAGUCUCCCAUCCCUCAAACUCCAACAAAUCAGUUAACCAACAGUCCUGUGCCACCAGUAGAAAAUGCUGCUGGGGCAGCUGCACCUUCAGGAGCAGGAGCUCGGCAAAUACAGCAGCAGAAUCCCCCGAUCGUAUACAUGCUCCAGCAACCCAUGAAUCCCUCACUUGGAGGUCUUAGCUCAGAGGAACUUGAGACAGCAGCAAAAAUGAGUCAGCUGGGUAUGUAUAUGCCCACCAUGCUUGCUAACCUUCCUGCAGGUGCAGGAGCUGUUCAGGCGCAGAGCCAGGCUGCUGGACUCACAAACCCAGACCAGUGGGCUGCUAGGCAAACUGCGGGAACCUCGGCGACUGGAGUCCAACCAUCACAGGGCCUGCCAUGCGCUGGAUCACAGCUGAAUGCUGACAGCUUGCCCGCAGGUCUGAAGAGAGCAGUGCCAGAAGCUCCUACAGUCCAAACACCGGCUCAACCCAAACUCCUGCCCAGACAGAGAAACCUUGCUUAAAACUGCAGUAUAUUCUAAAUCUUACUUACAAUAAAUUACAAUAUUAACCUAAUGUUGCUGCAGAAUUAUAGGCUAGCAAUGUGUCAGUAGGGUGUCUUUAGAAUAUUACUAACCAUCAUUGUUUUCUUCAUGCUUUCAGUAUAGUUUUUGAUAUACAAUGUCAAAUAACGAAAAUAAUCGAAGACAUGGACUCUUUUUUUCAGUACUAUGUGUCAUUAUUUUAUUAAUCUGGUUUCAUUUAGUAUUACCUUACCAUACAUCUUCACUUGGGUGCACACCAAUAAUGCAUCCACACUUUGUAAAAAUCACAAAUCAAAUAAAACAAAUAAAUAAAAAACA